UCCUCGCAGCAUUGACGUCUCGGUUCCAAAAAUUGGCCUUGCAUCCACUUUUAGUACAGCGCAAGAGUACUUCUCAACAACCACAUACCAGCAACAAGCCACUCGAAUUGACCUGAAAAACGUUGCUCGCAUUUUCAACUGUCGCGGCCCUUCGAGGGCAAAUCGGGCUCGCAUUCCUAUUAAGCAAUGGGAGGUCGGUUCUCUCGGGUGCAGUAUCGAGAGCAUGACGCCGCUGUUUUGGGUCACUUAGUGCUGCUUACUCAAGUCUGGGGGCUCGAUGAGAUUGCAUACCUGUCGACAAGACUGCGGCGACUGUCGUUCAACUUUUGCCUGACUUUCCAGCAAUUCGAAGACCUCGUAGGUCUUCGUAAUAACCCGUUGUUCAAAACGAUGCUGCAUCGCUGGUUCACCACCUUCCAGAACACACACAGCAGUACCAUCGUAAACGGACUUGAAUUCCUAACAGCACUUGCACUGACCACUGCGGAUGGGAAACUCGACGAGAAAGCAGGUGCCGUCUUUGACAUUUUCGACUUUGACGACUCCGGUGCCAUCACCCGCGAUGAAUUGGGAAUACUCAUCAAGUCAGCCGUUCGUGGUCUUUCUAAAGCUACAAAAGGUCUUGGUCCGAGGCUUGCAGCACUGUGUCCCAUGAGUGAAGUAGCUGAGCUAACUCGCCAGUGCUUUGUGCACUGUGAUCUGGAUGACGAGCAAGACCUGCCUCGUACGCGCUUUAUUUUGUGGGUUAAACAGACGCCAAAGAUCGUGAACUUACUGCGUUGUUUCGUGCAGCGAGAGUAUCUGUCAGAAGACGAGGCUGCCGUGAUGAUCCAGCGUUGUAGUCGUGGUAUGUUGGCACGGCGCGAAGCAGCCGAGCGUCGUCUUGAGAUCCAACUCGAAGUCGAGCAGGAAUUAUCACAAGCAGCCCAGAAAAUUCAGGACGUGGUCGUCACGCGUAAAAAGAAGCGAGAGCGGCUACGACAGCAAAAAGUGGAGCAAUUUGCUCAUCAUGGCGCGGUCUAUUCGUUCGGCGCUAAUUCACGAGCUCAGUUAGGUCACUCACACUUGGAACUCUCUCGACAUGUAGCCUCGCCAUUGCUAGCGGCAUUUUUCAAGAACAACGAGUUGCGUAUCUCUCGCGUAGCUUUGAGUGAGACGCAUGCCAGUGCUGUGACAUCCGAUGGUCAAGUUUUCACGUGGGGUGCAGGUGUACCUGGUUCCUUUGGGUUUCUCUUGCCACCGCAGUUGCAUAAUGGUAGCAGUUUUAGUGGAGGAGGUGGGGUUAUUCGCAAACAACCCACAAGAGUGGACGAUCUGAACGAUGCUGUUAUUGUUGACUCACGACUUGGUAGCCACCAUUCAGUUGCGUUAAGUGCUGGAGGAAUCGUUUAUACUUGGGGAUCUGGUGGCUAUGGACAACUCGGACACGGGGACUUUACUGUGACGGACGAGAACUCGGAGCGUAGUGAUGCCAUUUUCCGGUCCCAAUUCGACCCUCACACAGGUAGAGAAUACCCAGUGAUCGAUUUGCCAUUGCAAUUAGACUCUAGUUACUUCGAGGAGAUGCGAGUGACACAAGUGGCGUGUGGUUAUUACUUCACUCUAGUCGUGACUGAGGACGGCAGUGUGUUUAGCUGGGGGGAAGGAUCCGAUGGACAAUUAGGUCUUGGCUACUCGGAUUCCUUUCGAGUAGGCUUUCUGGAUCCAAACAUAAAUGGCAGCAAUUUCGUGUACAUACCCUCUCCUACGAGGAUCGACGCACUUAAGGAGCCUAUCGAGAGUGUUGCAGUAGGUGGUAAUCAUGUCUUCGCUGUCGGACGUGCUCCAAAAAGACAAGUUUUCGAAUGGGGAGCUUGGAAACGACGUGGUGCAAGUGAUGCGCGUGAAAGUGCCUUCACACCUCUCGAAAAUAGCGCACUUUCCGCCUUAAGCGUGCAGCAAAUUGCAACGGGAAGGGAGCACGCACUUGCUGUAACUUCACGUGUUCAAGUAUCACUUACCGUCGAUCAGUUUCCAUAUCGAGCCAGCAGUCCUAGAGAGGAGGAAAAGAAAACAGAGGACGAGUCUCUGCGUACCAUAGCGUUGUGCGCACGUUUUGGAUCUCAGCCGACACAACUCUUACGUGCCAUUUCAGGGUCAGUCUUCGCUCUCCCACUGCCCACCGCUGAGUUCGCUUUAGGAACGUCUUCAGCAGCUUCUGCAGCAUUGAGCGCUGCAGUGUACGAUCGCUCAGAUUCACACAUUCGAUCGAGUUUAACGCGUUGUACUGGUAUGAUCGCACUGAUUGAUCGAGGGGCGUCUACGGGUUGUUGGAUAUCGCUACUCAUAGACUCAACGCGACCGACAGAGCUGCUGGAGAUCCCGUGUGUACCAGCAGCUUUUGGUCCACCACUGAACGCCACAGGUGUACGCGCACAGUUGUUCUACUCACCCGAGCGAUUGUCAAGUCUGCGUUUGUAUGUCCGGCCGGAUGAAAUCGUCGGUCGUAUAGCUGUGCUAGAUUUUGGCCAAGAAGAUGUCGCCUUUGAUGCUGAUGCACUUGAUGCAAGUGAACUCAUCGGACGUCUUAUGAAGUCUCUAGUUUCACUUGUUAAGGACGCACAGGAGGCUGGUGCUGUUGCUGUGGUGAUCCUUUUUGACUUCCUUGAGGCGGAUGCCUUUGCGCUUGAGGUGGAUGAAGAGAACGACAACUACAAGAUCCCUGCUGUCAUGAUACGCAAAAGUCAUUAUGGCGAAUUGCUGCUUGAGCAGCUACAGACACCAGGAAAGAGACCCUGGUCGAUUUUGUCAAGCAAAGAGGACAUUCUGGGAAAGCAGAUACUAACAGCGCAGAAAGCUGGAGCCAAGGCUGUGGUGGUUGCUCAGACUCGCGUUGAUCCAGACGCAAUAAGGUUGGGAAUGAAUGUGUUUGGUCCGGGUGAAAGUGAGAAAGCACCCAGCACUUCAGGCGUGAAGAUACCCGUUAUAUCAAUUCCCUACAAGAUUGGCGCCAGGAUGAAGGCAAGGUUGGACGGUGUAGAGGCCGACGACUCGCAGUGUCGAAUAGCUCUCACCGGAUCGGGGACGCUUUAUGCGUGGGGACUUGCUGAAAAUGGUCGUCUUGGACUGGUACGUAGCAAAUUGGGCUGUCACCGUCUAGCGCUUUUCCACGUGGAUUAUUACAUCGUGUUGCUAUCUGCCAAAGGGCGACAUCGAGAACGAGAAGCUGUUUCAAUCUGGAUACGACGGCGCUCGGCAGAAGAGCUACCAGUUCGUACAGGACCCGGAGGUCGUGUCGGCUUUAAUCUCAAAGGAGAUUAGUCAUAUCUCUUGUGGCGAGGAUCACUCCGCUGCUGUUUCCAGUACGUUCCUCUGGACUGAAAGUACAUCGUUGACUUUGCCCUAACAUUUUAAUUCUUUAGGCGAUGGCACGUUGUAUUGCUGGGGCAGCGGGCGAGACGGGAAACUUGGCACCGGGUCCUUAGACGAUGAAGAUACUCCCGUGACAAUCGAUGCGCUAUCCUCCGUCAAGGUUGCUCGGGUAGAGUGCGGCGUCAGACAAACGCUGGUAGUCACUCAAAACCCUUCACUACAGAGCACAUAGCAUUGCAUCGUAAUGAUCGAUGUAGCUGAUCAAUGCCUUGCGCCGCUGUGUCGCGCAGGUUAUCGUAUAUAUCAAUGGUCAGUGCCACAUUCCAAAUUCCGACGCAAAACGAAUCUCAGGAAUCAGAAAUCCUUGUAAGAAAUUCGCAAAACUUCACAAAAUUUCAC